AUGGAUGAAUCCGGUAUUGAUAUGGGAUUUGAUCUCGCCUCUUUCUUGACAAAUGAUAAUCAUGUUGACCAUAUCUUGGAUGAGAUGACUGCAGCUCAGCAUCAGGACUUCAUGUACUACGAACUUAAGUCGAAGGCAGUGCCAGUGACUGAAAGGACUAGGGCGUCGCCGCAUAACGACGCGCAUGGGGAUCGCCUUAACCCUGCGACAAGUAUGCGAGGGCUACCGGGCCCCGUGCGAGCCCGGCUAAAGACGUUCCCACUACGAAGAUUCGCUUUGCAAACUGGAACAUUGGCACGCUUACGGGACGCUCCAUAG